AUUUAACGUAUCCGAAAACGAGGGGACUCACUGAACUGACCUUAGGCUUUGAGAUUCCUCACAGGAUUGACUGAUUCCCUCGACUUGAUCCCUCCUGCCUUUCUCUCAGAGCCUUGUGUCUCCCGUGUAGGCUCACACGCAGCCGGCGUACUGUCACAUCAUGGUCUCCACCAGACCCUCCCCAGCUCCUGCCAAGGGCAGAAUGGCCUAUCCCUCUGCCUCCAACUAUACUCCAGGCGAUGUUGACAAUUCUCCCUCAUUCCUCGGCUCAACGUCGCCUCCCACGGAUGCAGACAGAGAGAGGGCUCAAGGCCUCAAGCUAUGGUGGAAGGCUUUUCGCGAUCAGGGCCCGGCCGAAGGGCCAAGAGUCUUUGGUGUACCGCUGUCAGAAUCGAUCAAAUAUGCGUCUGUCCAGAUUUCAACGGCCGCGGAAGACGGUUCUUUAUAUGUCUGGGGCGUGAUCCCGGUGGUCGUCGCCAAGUGCGGUCUCUACCUCAAAGAGAAUGGCACAGAAGUAGAGGGUGCUUUCCGAAUAUCUGGUAGCACCAAGCGAAUGAGGGAUCUGCAGGCAGUCUUUGAUUCUGGCCCGAAGUAUGGGAAGAACAUCAACUGGAAGGUAUUGCCAUACACCACCCAUGAUGUCGCGACCAUUUUCCGGCGGUUUCUGACUCAAAUGCCUGAGCCCAUCAUCCCCUUUGAAUUUUACGAUCAAUUCCGAGAAGGGCUGGACGCGGAAGCUGUGCAGGAAACAAUUGACCGCUACAAAGAACUGAUCCGAGCCCUACCCCCCGUGAACCAAUACCUCCUGCUCUAUGUUCUCGAUUUGCUACACGUAUUCGCCAACAACUCGGAACAGAACCUUAUGACUGCACCGAAUCUGGCCCUGAUUUUCCAACCCGGAGUGCUGUCGCACCCUGUCCAUGUGAUGCGCCCUCGAGAUCAUGUCCUAUCCCAACAGGUAUUGGAAUUCCUGAUCGAGAAUCAAGAUCACUUCCUCAUUGGCAUGCAAUUGCCCAAGAGGGACACUAAAUCCCCGUCUAUCCUCUCUUCCCGCUCGUCUACCCCGCCACCAUCCGUACGCAUGGUCAAAGCCGACCCUGAUUUCAUGCUACCGUCCGAUUCUGAUGACGAAGCUCCCGCCGGGGGCUACUACGUUGUAGAGAGCUCUGGACGAAAGCCCGUCUCCGCGACUCAGCCAGAGUAUUCGGCGCCGAAGAUUGAGCCUAGCCUGAUACCGAGUAAGCCGGCGCCAGUCGCAUACACCUCGAACGACAUCAUGGAUCCAUCAGACUCGGACGAUGAUGCCCCUCCAGGCGGCUACGAAGUUCGCAUCGGUGACCCUGCUCGUGCUCGAGCGGCAUUCCUCACGAGGACUGCAGUAGCGGGCAAGAGCAGAGCGGCAGCUCCCUCUCCUACACCUAGUAGCAUUGCUCGAAGGCGGACGCUGCCCGCAGGUCACUCUUCAGGCUGGAAGGCGAGGCGAAAGGAUCAGGCCGUGAAAGAGGCCCCGGCCUGAGAAAGGGCUCGGGCUGACCUCCAGCCCCUCCCGUACUCCUCUUUAUCUUGAUGGACAAUUGUAGAAAAGGGUCGUGAGAUGCAUGUAUCCAAAGGUGAA